UCCCAAAUCCAGGAAAAAAAGUCCCUAUGCGAAAUUUCCCUUUCACUGCAAAAAGGUCUUUGUUCUUAGCCUAAUAAAUACCCUCUAGAAACCACCAAAAACCAAAUCCAAUUCUUCCAAAAAAACAUCUCCAUGUUUAUUCUUAUUACAAUAUCAUUCAAAUCCUAAAAAUGGGUCCAUCUCAAAAAAUUCCCAGAACAUUCUCCAUCCUUUUUUUCCUAUUAUUUCUACCUUCAUUAUUCCCCAUUCUUGAUUCAUCAUCAUCCAAUGAACUCACAAACCUUGUUUACAAAGGCUGUGCUAAUCAAAAUUUCCAAGACCCAUCUGGUAUUUACUCACAAACACUAAACACCCUAUUUAACACCUUAAUCUCUCAAUCAUCCACUAAUAAAUUCUACAAAACCACAACAGGCAAUGGCAAUUCAGUAAUUUCAGGUCUCUUUCAAUGCCGUGGUGAUCUUUCUAAUUCCAACUGUAACAAUUGUGUUAAAAAAAUACCAAACAUGUCCUUAAAACUAUGUGGCCAAGUUAUAGCAGCUAGAAUUCAACUAAAUGGGUGUUAUUUAAGGUAUGAAUUAGUUGGGUUUCAGUCAGUUGGGCCUACUGAGUUGCUUUUCAAGAUUUGCGGGUCGGGUCAGGUUAGUGAGUCCGGGUUUGGUGAUAAACUUGAUACUGCUUUGGGUCAAAUAGUUAAAGGGGUUUCAAGUAAUGGGUUUUAUACAGGUGGAUAUGAGUCAGUUUAUGUGUUGGGUCAAUGUGAAGGUGAUUUAAGUAAUGGUGAGUGUGUGAACUGUGUGAAAAAUGGAGUUGGUAAAGCUAAAAGUGAAUGUGGGAAUUCAGUUUCUGCACAGAUUUAUUUGCAACAGUGUUAUAUUAGUUACACUUAUUAUCCUAAUGGUGUGCCCACUAAAUCACUAUCUCCAUCAGGAUCAGGAACAAGACAGAGUACUCAAAAGCUUGUGGCUAUAAUUUUGGGUGGACUGGUUGGUGUGGGGUUAGGAGUUGCUUGUUUGAUGUUUAUAAGAUCAGCAUUGAAGAAAAAGAGUUAUUCUAAGCAUGGAGGAUAAGGUCACAGUGGCUAAAGGAGUGACAAAAUGGGCAGAGAUUUUGAGGUGGCUUUAGAAAAGACAAGUGUAAAGUUAGGUUGCAUGAUUGGACUUACAUAUACUGUAAAGAAGGAGGUGUGGUGACGAAAGAAAAGGAAAAUCUGUUUUUUGUGCUUUAUUUUGGCUCUAGCUUCUAAUGAUUUUCCUUCUUAACCUAGUUUAGGUCUUCUUUUUUAAUCAAGUGCAAAUAGAAGUAAUAGUGGUGAAUUGGAGCUUAAAAGUGCUGUUGUCUCUGUUAGACUAAAUACUAGGCAUUGAUUGUAGUAAUGCUUCUCUCUUUUUGCUGAAAUCAUAUGAAUGUACAUCCACAUUAUGAAAGAAGUUAUGGAUCAACAUAGUGCAAUUGUUUUCUGUGGUGUAA